AUGGAUGAUACGUUAUUGGCAUGCAUUUUGGAUGAAGAUGAUCCAGUCUCGUACGAUGAAGCUAUGUCGAGCGAAAACAAAGCAAAAUGGACAGAAGCCGUCGAAAGUGCGAUCAAAGCUCUUGAAGAAAAUGAUACAUGGAUAGUGGAGAAGAAUCCCAACAACGCUGAAGUGAUAGACUCCAAAUGGGUAUUCAAAGGAAAAAAGGAUGAAGCAGGAAAUAUAUCAAAAUUCAAAGCCAGGCUUGUCGCUAGAGGUUUCAAACAUAGUGAAGCUGCAAAUGUUCUGACAGCUUUGGAAGUAUCUGAAGCAAAUUACGACAAAGCGUGGGAUCUCCUCUGCGAGCGUUACGAAAACAAAAGAGUCAUCAUUCAAACACAUUUAAAUUCAAUUUCUGAUAUUCAAAACAUUCAAAAAGAAUCUCACAUUCUACUCAGAAGCAUUAUUGAUACUGUCAAUCAACAUCUCAGAAGUCUUGAGUCUUUGGGAUUACCUGUGGACAAAUGGGACACCAUAAUCAUUCAUUUACUCGGUGUACCACAGCGUAUAAAGGAGGUCAGAAAACUCAACGCAUGUAACAACUGCUUACGUAAGGGACACUCAGCAAGAGAUUGCAAAAAUCAACACUCUUGCAAAAAAUGUUCAUUAAGACACAAUACUUUAUUACAUUUAGAAAAAGAAAAAUCUUCUACUGAACACAACUUAGCACCUUCUCAAAAUAACGAAACUAGUAAUUUACAAUCUGUUUCUAAUAUUUCACAAUCAACUCUCACUGCUUGCUCUGCGGAAUAUACACAUAGUGAUUCAUAUGUUAUGCUGCCUACAGCAAUCGUACUUAUUUUUGAUAAAUACGGUAAUUCUCAUGAAUGUCGAGCUAUUCUCGAUAACUGUUCUCAAUCAAAUUUCAUCACUGAAAAAUUAUUCAAAAUCUUACAACUUCCUACAUCAAACGUUACACAUUCAGUUGAAGGUUUCGGUUCGAACAUAACAUCCGUACUUCAUAAAACAUGGGCUACUUUGAAGUCAAAAACAAACUCUUAUAUUCUAAAAGAUGUACCUUUUUUGAUAUCCAAUAAAAUUACAAAGGAUUUACCCGCUAUUUCAGUCAACUUGGACAAUCUCAAAAUUCCACCCAACGUUGUUUUGGCGGAUGAAAGGUUCAAUGAGACUGGUCCAAUUGAUUUACUCAUUGGAGCUUCUAUUUUUUGGGAUCUAAUUUCUAUUGGACGCAUAAAUCUACCGGGUCAUCAUGCAAUUUUACAAAAAACAAAACUUGGUUGGAUAUUUUCCGGGCCUCUACCCAUAUCACAUGAAAUCAAUUCAGAAUCAAUUUGCAAUGUAACAUUACAAAAUAACAAUAUUCAUGACUUGCUAGAGCGCUUUUGGAAAAUUGAAGAACAGCCAGCGAAAAUUCAAUAUUCCCCAGAGGAAGCAGAAGGUGAAAAACAUUUUGUAGAUACUACAACACGCGAUGAAACAGGCAGAUUUGUUGUCAGUUUGCCUACAAAAGAAAACAUAAACCAGCUUGGCGAAUCUUUCGACCUCGCUCUAAAAAGGUUCUAUGCCGUUGAGAGAAAACUUUUGAAAAAUCCUCAGUUCAAGGAACAAUAUGUCUCAUUCAUGAAUGAAUACGAAAAGCUCGGACACAUGACCAAAAUAAAUACUUCAAAUGAUUCAACUCAAGAUACAAUCUUCUAUUUACCCCAUCAUGGAGUAAUGAAGAUGUCCAGCGCUACGACAAAACUUCGCGUUGUCUUCGACGGUUCAGCGAAAACUUCCAGCGGCAUCUCAUUGAAUGAUGUUUUAAUGGUCGGUCCUACAAUCCAGGACGAUUUAUUUACAAUAGUAAUCAGAUUUCGUAGUUAUAAGUACGUCGUCACUGCUGAUAUAGAAAAAAUGUAUAGAAUGGUAAAAAUACGAUCUGAUCAGCGUGACUUACAACGGAUAUUAUGGCGUUCUGACCCAUCUCAAUCACUCAAUCAUUUUCAAUUAAACACAGUCACGUACGGAACUGCUAGCGCAUCAUUUCUUGCUAUUAGAGCUUUAUUACAAGUUGCCAAAGAGAAUGAAUCAAAAUUUCCCAAAGCUAGUGAAGUCAUCAAAUCCAGUUUUUAUGUGGAUGACUUGCUAACCGGCUUUAAUUGCAUUGAAGAUGGUAAGCAAGUUUUAUCAGAACUAGUGCAUAUCUUAAGCUCCGCUGGUUUCAAUCUCAGAAAAUUCGUUUCAAAUAAUAGCGAAAUUUUAGAACAUAUCACCCAAGCGUUUCUUUAA